AUGCUGCAUUCCUCAAAACGUGACCUGCAUCGACUCAUCGCGCGAGCUGCACAAGCCCAAGCCUACGCCCAACCACAAGCCUACACACAACCACAACCACAGCCACAGCCACAGCCACAGCCGCCGGGUUCCGCACCCGCCAGCACAACGAUGGGCAACGAUAAGAAGAACGGCGACAUCCACUCAGAAGAAACAAUCCUCUUCCUCUUCCUCGCCUUUGGCAUCCUAAUUGCACUGCUGCUGCUGCUCCUCCUCGUAGCGUUCCAAACCUACCUGUCCUGGCGCAUCGCGCACGACCUGUUCUCCGACGACGCCGUAGACGGGCGCGCCGCCACGGGAUUCCAGCGGUGGGGCCGCGAACGACGCGAGCGCAAGCGCACGCUGCGCGCGCUGGAGAAGGGGCGCAGUACGCGCGCGAGUUGGGGGUAUGCGUCUGCCCGCGCAAGCGGGGGGGAUGAGGAGGCGGGGAUGAGCGGGGUGGGGGGGAGUAGUGUGGUGCUUGAUAAGAUGGGUGACGUGGAGAAGAAGCCAUUUUGGAGUGUGAGGAGGUGGAUGUGA